CAGCCAAGAGGGACAGACAAAGCACUCAUUGGUGCCCUCUGCAACAGAACACUGCUAGGGGGCUGGCUGUAAAUUGACGUGGCAUGGAAAAUCUCUGCUAAGUUUGUAGCACUUUGUAUGUUCCUGUAAGAGCAGCACCACUCUUGCUGAGUUCGUCGCCUGAAAUCAUUUAGGGUUUUAUGCCUGGAUGUAAAUAUGGAUAGAAAAUUCCUUUUUUUUUUUUUUUACUUGGGAAUUGAAUAUUCUUUUUAUUUGGAUUUAUGGCUAACAGCAAACAGUAUCUAAAACUUUGAGACCCCUUCCUUUUUUUUCUCCAAUCAGAUUUUGUGGCAUACUCCAUUUCUACCUCCACCCUCUCCUGAACCUUACUGCUCCCCCCCCCCAUCUUACCAUGGGGUGUGGACUAAGAAAACUAGAAGACCCAGAUAAUAGCAGCCCUGGAAAAAUAUUUUCAACGCUAAAGAGACCUCAAGUGGAAACAAAGACAGACUCUGCUUAUGAGUACAUAUUGCUAGAUUUUACAUUAGAAGCUUCCUCAAAUCCAGAGGUUAUCAAGAUCAGCUCUGUCUUGGAUAUUGCAAAAAAGGUGGAGGAAUAUUAUACUAAAGGAUAUGUGGUGGGAGCUAUUCACCCUAUUUUACUGUCAACUGGGCGAAGAAGGCACUUCCCAGCAAGUCACAUGUAUCGAGUUGUACUAUUACGACUCAAACUGAGCCAAAAGCAUCCAGCACCCAGAGGAGAAAGGCACCCCAAACUUGUGAUUGAGGAAUGUCCUUUAACAUACGAAACACUAACAAAUGAGGUAGUAAAAGGACUGUUAGAAAAGAUCAAUGAUGCUGCAAAAAGAGGGAUGAAGUUUGUUGGAUUUAUAACACAACCUUGUCCUCAGUCUAAAAUCUGCAAUGGCACAAACAAGGAUGGAAAUACAGAGCCCGAUUCAACACUAUCCAGAAGGAGUAGAGAGCAGAGGAGGUGCAAUCCAGAUGAGAAUGCUAAAUCCUGGAAUGAAGGGACUUUGAGUGGUCAGUCCUCUGAGAGUGGAACUGAGGAAGAAAUUCAGCCAGACAGUGGGCAGUUGCAGGAGACUGAUAUUCAAGAUGGAAGAGAAGGCAGUCCCAGCCCAGCUAAGUUAAGGAAAGGAGAAGAUAACAAAUUGUAUACAGUCUUCAAUGUUUUUGAGGAUGAAUCCACCUGUUGGACCUAUCAUGACGGUGUUUUGUCUCUAAAAGUGUCAAAGAAAGGGCCCGUGAUUACUACUUUGGACGCUGACUGGCUGGAAUUAACCACAUUUUAUUACAAGCAAGGAUUGUCAUUAAUUGACUCAUUUGUAUACUGGGAAGCUUCUAAAGCUGACAACUUGCCCAAAUCAUUAGAAGGCUUAUUUAUAUAUGAAGAAGAAGGCACAGGAGUUCCAGGUUCAAACAGGAAAGGAAAUGAUGCAAUUGUUGUAGAACAAUGGACUGUGAUUGAGGGCAGUGAAAUCAAAACAGAUUAUGGUCCUUUACUACACACUUUGGCUGAGUUUGGUUGGCUUUUAACAUGCAUCCUGCCUACUCCAAUCAUUCGACUGGACAGUGAAGGAAAUCUGGCCACCAAGCAAGUUGUUUUCCUUCAGAGGCCUGUUAUGUGGAAUCCAGCUGCUCAGACGCCUGAGAAGAAAUCCACCAAGCAACUUAAAGAAGAAAAAGGAAAAGCUUCCAGCAGAAGUGUUGGAUUAGACACAGCUACUUCCCAGCCUGCACAAAAUACACAUCCUACUGAUGAGUUUCAUCUGUCUUCUUCUACACAGUGUUGGGCCAAGGACAGGUCUGUCCAGUUUGAAAGCGUCCCUGGAUUCAGCAGCAGUGAUGGCAUACUAAGGGAACUAGAUGAUGGACAGUUUGACCAAGAAGAUGGAGUCACUCAGGUCACUUGUAUGUGACCGGAACUGGAUUAGAGAGGACCUGUACAUAUUUCAAAGAAAUGUAAAAAUAGAAUUUGCUUUUUAUACGCGCUGGUAUAGUUUUCUUUUUUUUCUUAGCCAAACAUUUGCACAGUAUACUCCCCAACUCUAAUUAUGCUCCUGUCUUGACUCUUACUUGUAUACAAUUAGCAGAAGCGCUGACGUUUGAGUUAGGUCUGCCUUAUUAGGAUUUUGCAUUCUUAGAACACUAUAUGCCACUGAUGGCAGAAACAACUACAGAUGAGAUGUUGGCUUCUGCUCUACUGGAAAACGUAACACUUUCUCCAAAGUGUGGAAAUAUAAUACAAUGGCAUUUCUCUAAUAUGCUAUUUUGAACUUUAGGAGGUUUAACAACAAAUUAAAACUGUACAUAGAGAAGUGUGUCAUUUUUAAGUUUCAGAUUUAAACUCUCCUUGUGUUAGAGCCCAGAACUCAAACACUAAAAUAAAAUUCCUACUAAAAACAAAUCACUAAUAGGGUGUGAUCAUAAGACUGCAAGAAUCUGGCUAUUUGUGAAUGUCUGAAAACCAUAACCAACUGGAGAGAGAUGAAAGGAUUUAAACCCAGUGCCUUACUUCACUCUUAUGAAUAUAUGAUGCUGCUUUAUACAAAAGGUCAAAAUACACGUGCUGUGAGAUGAAACCUAUCUUUGCAUCUAGUCUGUAGGCUUUUAAAAAUAUAAAUUGCUUCAGAAAGGGUGAUAAUUAACUGGACUGGAGCAGUCAAUGGGUGGGAAUUCAGCCCUUUCCACCCCAGUUGUGUUCAUGCAGAAAAUUGCUGUUCUGAAGCUGGCAUUUGCUUUGUAGAGAAAUCCCCUAUAAAUCUUCUUAUAUUUAAUAAAUCCUUUGCACAUUAGGUGCAAAGACACAUUCAAAUCAGGUCAUCUGUAGCUUGGUCCAUUGGUCUAUCUAACCUGAUAGUACUUUCAAGUUCAAUUAGUAGCACCUCUCCAAGGUUGCAGGUAGAAGCUGCUUUGUAGCUGCUGCAGUCCUUUAAACUUUAACCUUCUGCAUGCUAAACAGUGGCCUACAGUCCCUAUCACCUAAGGCAGUGAUAGGGUCAGCCUGUACUGGCCUCGUACACUGUUUGCAAUGAAGGGGCCACUACAAGAACCAGAAUCUACACAGGAGUGACACUAGGGUAUUUUUUUUCCCGGGAAUUUUUGCAAUUGAGUGCAUCAGUAUUAAGCUCAAGUACAAAAAACUUCUGAGCAGAUAUAUGCUUCAGUAGUGUGUCACUAAGCCAUAAAAGCAUAUGAACACCCACCAGCAUGGUUUUUAAAUGACAUGAAAAGAGCAUGAUGCAUAAAUAUUGUUUUAAAAAUUGCUGCUCAUUUAGCAAAGAUAUAAAAGCAAUACAUAGGAAAUGCCAACACUUCAGUUUUAUCAGAUCAGCAAGUGGGUUCAUACAUAGUGUUGUGUGUCAGAUAUAGUCAUCAGCUCUUGGUAUUGCAGUAACUAAGAUUCUGAGGGCACAGCAAAGUUGAACAUUUCUUUGUUAGUCCCAAGAAGACCUCUGCUUACUAGAAUUCAGGGAGGAAAAUAUGAUAGCAUUUGUGCAAUUACAAUAUAAUUUGAACCUUUACCCUUAGUUACUACAGUACUAUCAGUUUUUGAAAUUACUAUGUCUUCUAUUCUCAUCUGCAUAUAAGUAGGAAGCAUACAGUAUGAUUUAGUGCAUAUUUCGUAGGAGUGGUGUCACAAUGUGUUCAGUGGGGUUUACUCCCAAGUAUACAUGCAGAAGAGUACAGCCUUAGUGUAGUCACUGACUUUCAACACAGAAAGAUGGAAUUCUGGAAAAAUAAGAAGGAACCACUCAUAACUAAAACCUAAGACUGGGACAGCAAAAUGGCAGUUGCUUCAUGCCCAUAUUUAUCAUGCCCUUUGGAAGAUCCCGAAGAAAUGAAAGUACUAUUGAAUUGAUAGUGGAAUGGGUUAAAAUGAGAGACAACCUUGUGCACAACUUUCUGUAUAAUUAUGCUAGCAUUUAUAAUAAAGCAUUGAGGGGGGAAACAUGAGUCGUAAUUUGCAAACACUUCAAAGUUUUGUCAGUAAGAGGGUUCAAACAUGAAGUGCAUGUGUCUAUGUGCAAAUGCUCAUACCAUUUAAACAGAUGAAUAACUUUCUUGAAUAUUUUGUAAAAUAGAUUUUAGUUUGGUAAGUAUACAGUAUCUAAAUAAACACUGCUGAUCCUUAAUGGAUGGAUGAGUCCUAUUCUCUCUAUCAGUGCAUUUACCUUCAAAGAGAGUUCUCAUAACAUGAAUU